AUGGCUUCCCAAGACAAAUUCACAUCCCGAAGCCCCCUCCUACGCCUACCCUGUGAGCUGAAGAGAUAUGUCAUGGCAAACCUCAAUAUCACCUCCCUUUACGCACUUAUCACUACUUGUAAAGAAUUCUACGAUAUCAACAAGAGCUCCAAAGGCUUCAUUCUUCGAGCAAUCACUACAAAUGCUCUAGGUGACGCCCUCCCAUGGGCUAUGGCCUUACACGCAGCAAGACGUGCCGACUGGGGAACAACAUUGCCCCGACAUUCUCGUGGUGAGCUUUUGGAUCAGAUACACAAGUUUGGCCGCAGAUAUCUCAAUCGGAAUAACAAGACAUUGAUUUACCCGGAAGACUUCUCUUUCUCCUUGGCUUCGGAGUUAAUUUCUUUCCACUCCAUCGUGGAGAAAUUCUCUCUGAAGUUCAUGGAGGAAACAACGUCGGACAUGUACUUCCAUUACUUUCGGGGCCACCCAAUUCCAAAACCUACAAACACAGAAACUGGCAGAGUACAGCUUACUUUCUAUUGUAUGGAGAUAUCUCGGGAACUUCUCCCUUUCUACGUUACCCAACCAGACGAGCUUGAGGAUAACGAACGACCAUGGCAGAUGCUCUGGCACUAUUUCGCACCAUGGGAGAAUCGAAUCGCCGAAGCGAUUUCCUGUCUUUUCCUAGACAAACUUAUUGAUAAUGCUGUCAGCCGAGGACUUAUUAUGAUGGGAGGCUCAGCUUACUACGAGUGGUAUACCGUUCUGGGAUUACGUGGCUUUGAUAAAUUAGCCGACGACGAGUUUGUAUCUCGCAAUGCCGCCAAUAUCGAAGCUGGCCAGAAGUUCUUCCGUUGCGUUUGUUAUUUCGCACUUGGUGAAUCUGGUUUCACAUGGUUGCGACCUGUUGGAGGAAACCUCAUGGUUCGAUCAUUCAACAUGGACCACCUCUUAGCGAGAUUUCCCCAGGAAGAAAACGGAUCAUGUGAUAACUGGUACUUCACGAUCAUCUCAGAGCAGCAUAACCCUCAAUAUGCUGGUUUUCAGCCUCUUCCUGAUGAAACUGUUUGGUGGGACCGUGCUCGAAUCAAUGCCGUAUUUCCAGGUAUUCUUCCCAGUAUAGCAGAGAUUCAAGAUAUGGCAGAAGGCAAUGUGUACAUUCAGGAUUUCUUCGAGCCGGAGGUCGACUAUUGCAAAGAGAUUGGCUAUUAG